AAACAUGGCGCAGGGAAAAUUUAAGUCGAAAGGAAGUCUUCCAAAAGGAGUUAAGGGGAAACAAAGUCAUAAACAUAAAAACUCAGGACCUAAAAGAGGAGCUCGAGUUAUUGCUCCAAAAAAGACAAAACAGAUUGAAGCAAAUAAAAUCAAGAAGGGGUUGGAGAGAAAUAUCAAGACCAGCAUGGAACAUGAGGCAGCAAUGAAAGCACAGUCAGUAGAACCCAAACAGUUCAAACUCGUCAAACCGAGCACAUCUUCUGCCAGCAGCUCAGACAAAGGAAGCAAUGUUAAAAAGAAAUAAAAAGGCAAUAUUUUUUA